AUGAUACUUAGGAGAACGCUGAAAGUAUCUGAGGUAACCGAUGAUAAACUAAUUCUAGUGCAUGUUGUCCAUAGGAUCGAAUUGAACCGUGUUAACGGAACGAACAUACAAUUGAGAACUGUUGAUUUAUUGGAGAAGGCUGUCAAUGCCUAUUUAUAUUUGCUUGAACGUCAGAUAAGGAGUAGAGCAGAUGUUGAACAAAUGGCUGCCCGAAAAACAAUGCGAAAUCAAUCGGAUCAGAGAAGGAAAUCUGGAAAACAUGAAAAUGGUUCAACACCAGAAUCGAGCAAACGCCGACGAAUCCGACCAACAGGUCUUAAUUUUGAUGACUGA